GUCAUUUUGAAAUGGCUCGCAAGAAGUCGGUCAUAAAACGUCGAAUGAAAAAGUAAAUAAACAAACCAAAUUUUUCGCACUUUCGUGGCCUUUGCUGGUUUCUGCAUGGCUGCUGGUACUGUGAUCGCGCAUUUAUCAACGCGAAAGGAAUCGAAUCACAUGUGCAUUUAAUUUCAUUGUUGUGUUUGCCUAUAACAGUUAAUUAUCUCGGAUUUGGUGCGAUUUCUUUGGAAGAAGUUGGCCCUAUUGUUUAAGUUGAAAAGCCUACCUUUGUUUACAGUUUUUGGGGCUUCGAUAAGUUUUUGCAUUGCACUUUCAUGGUGAUGAGAGCGAUUCUGGGAAAUGAAUGAAAACGUUUCGUUCUUGGAACUCGAUCAAUCGUCAGGGUCAGGAGGUUCGGGAGUAUUGGAGGAAGAACUUGAGACAGUAGCCGAACAAAUAUUGUAUCCGCAGGAACAGCAUUCGCCGGAAGAAGACCGAUCGCUGUCGAUUGCCGUUCAGUUCAUCAUCAAUUACCUGGUGCUCUGCUUCCGCGAAACGCUGGAUCACAUAGUGCUCGUCAUUCUCAUCUAUACGCUUCUGUGUUUGGUGCUGUAUAAAUUGCUCUUUCAUCGAUGCAGUCGCUGGCUCAAGUUGUUUCGGAAAUCACAUUUUCCGGCCAACGUUCGGAGGGCUCUUCUCGUAACGGCUCAUCCCGAUGACGAGUGCAUGUUCUUCGGGCCCACAAUUUUGGAGCUGCGGCGCCUUAAUUGUCGCGUUUUUCUCUUAUGUCUUUCGGAGGGGAACUUCGCCUCGAAGGGGGAAGUGCGGCGUCAGGAGCUUUGGGACGCCUGUCUAUCGCUGGGGAUAAAAGCGGAGGACAUUACCCUGCUCCGUGCUACCCAUCUUCAGGACGAUCCAGCCCAGGAAUGGAAAACCGUUACGAUUGCCAACCAGGUGCUGAAACAUCUUGAAGCCCUAGAUGCCGAUCUGCUGAUCACCUUUGACAAGGACGGCGUCAGUGGACAUCCGAAUCAUUGUGCCAUCUAUUACGCUACCGCGUCGCUGUGCCUCUCUGGGAUGAUCCCGAGCAAAUGUAAAGUUCUAACGCUCGAAUCCAUCAACUUGUGCAGGAAGUAUGCAUCUUUGCUCGAUUUGCCGAUAACGUUACUGCUGUCGACUAAUUGGGCCGUCCUGAACUGGGAAUCCCGAAAGGCCGUCCAGAACGCAAUGGCUCUGCACCGGUCGCAGCUGGUCUGGUUCCGAAAGCUGUACAUCAUUUUCUCACGCUACAUGGUCAUCAAUUCGUUGUGCGAAAUCAACCAAUCGGACGUGGAGUUUGAGAUUCUCGGGUCCUAGACGCCCGGUUCCAGGUGAGAGAAUAAUGUUUCGUUUUCACUGGAUUUCAUUUUGAAAUCAUUAGUUUUGGUUUUUGGUUGGCCGGAAAGUAACCGACCAACACUUUGAAACAGCAAAUCAAAGAAUAUCACAUUGAAUGUGUUAUAAAUGGUUAUAAAUGAGGAAAAACGAAGCUGGAAUCCUCAUGCUUUACUUCUAGUCGUAAUCGAUAAACAAAAUAAAAGUUGCAAUGCUAAACGACAUAACGUGUGUUGAAAACAAUCACACCAGUGCAAUUUUUCAAUCCACCAGACCGAUGGCUUUAUCGUAGACCACACUUACAUUACUUAUUACAAAUGUGCGUUUUACUAUAUUUAUUGACAAACGAGAGCACCCCAAAAUAAAAAAAAAAGAUUUUAGCUUAGCUUGCAGCUGGCAAAAGCCAAAAUGAGAAAACAAAAGAACGAAAAGAUGUGAAUCUAUAGCCUAAGAAAACAGAUACAAACCGGAAGGGGGCAAUAUUUUAGACUUAAGUUUCCAUUCGAAGGAUGCGAUGUGUACAGUACGCAAUCAUCAAGAACCAUGUUUGAUCUUUUAUUCAUAUCCAUAUUGCAUUGUACUCUUGUUUCUUUCUCGGCAAUUUUAUAAUCAAAUUCGAAUGAAAUAAAUACUUGUCCACAGUGGA